GCGAGCCGCCCGUCACGUGGUGGGCGCAGGGCUGGGCCUGUGGUGAUGGCGGAGCCGGCGUCCGCCGCCGUGGGCCUGGGGCGAGCGGAGUCUGGCGGGGGGAGCGACGGGGGGGACGCCGCGCCGGUGCUGCCGCAGGGAGAGAACGGCGUGGAUGGCAGAGCGAUCCGCGUGGAUGGCAGAGCGAUCCGCGUGGGCACCCGCCGGAGCCAGCUGGCCCGGAUUCAGACCGACAGUGUAGUUACGAUGCUCCGUGAGCUGUACCCUGACCUCUGCUUUGAGAUUGCAGUAGCCAUGUCAACAACUGGGGACAAGAUCUUGGAUACAGCACUUUCCAAGAUUGGAGAGAAGAGCCUCUUCACCAAAGAGUUGGAAAAUGCACUUGAAAGAAAUGAAGUUGACCUUGUGGUUCACUCCCUGAAGGAUCUGCCAACUUGUCUUCCUCCUGGCUUUACAAUUGGUGCUGUCUGCAAAAGGGAAAACCCACUUGACGCUGUUGUCUUUCAUCCCAAAAACUGCGGAAAAACGCUGAGCCUCCUUCCUGAAAAGAGUGUGAUUGGAACCAGUUCACUUCGGAGAGCAGCUCAGCUUAAGAAGAAGUUCCCUCAUUUAGAAUUCAAGGAUAUUAGAGGAAACUUAAAUACCCGUUUAAAGAAACUAGAUGAGAAGGAAGACUUCAGUGCCAUCAUCCUGGCUGCUGCUGGGCUGAAGAGAAUGGGCUGGGAAAAUCGCAUUGGCCAGCUCCUAGGCCCUGAAGAUUGUCUAUAUGCUGUUGGACAGGGUGCCUUAGCAGUGGAAGUUCGUGCCAAAGACCAAGAGAUACUGAAUAUGGUAUCUGCCCUGCAUGAUGCAGACACUGUGUUGUGCUGCAUUGCUGAGAGAGCCUUUAUGAAGCGUCUGGAGGGUGGAUGUAGCGUUCCUGUUGCUGUCAACACUCUGCUGAAGGAUGGCCAGUUGUAUUUGACAGGAGCAGUCUACAGCUUGGAUGGAUCUGAUAGCCUGAAGGAAACCAUGCAGACUGGUGUUAAUUAUCCCUGCCUGAAUGAAGAUGGACCGAAUGAUGAUGUGCAACAUGUUGGCAUCACAGCCAAGAAUGUUCCUGGUCAGGCUCAGGAAGCUGCAGAAAACCUGGGUGUUGAACUAGCUGGUUUACUUCUGAGCAAGGGAGCAAAGCACAUCCUUAGCGUGGCAAGGCAGCUCAGUGAUGCCCGCUGAACCUGGAGUGUAGCCAGCAGGAGUGGUACAACUCUAGCUACAUUAAAUCAUCAUGAGGGCAUUGCAAAGACUUAAAAGCUGUUUUUUGAAACAAUUAAUUAUAGGAAAAUUAAAACUUAAUGUUGAUAUUUGAA